AUGUCUUCAAAUUCAAUCCUUGAUAGUUACCAAUGCAAUCAAUGCAAAGAGCGCCACACCAAUUUAAAAAAAGCCAAGAGUUGUAGAGCUCAAUGCUUUAAGAACCAUCAUAGAAGACACAAUGAUAUCCAGACUUCACAGACCACGCUUGUUCCUGGACAAGUCAGUGUUGUUUUGAACACUGUCUCAAAUGACACUAUCGAAGAACGUGCUGAUGCAAUCAAAGAUCAGAUCAUGGAUACACUCAACAGCGAAGAUAAUGAUGAUCCAAUUAUGAAUAUCUUUAGUAAUGAUGAUAAUGAUGAGUCUAUGUAUGAUGCGGAACUUGGCAACGACAUGGAUAUCAUUGAAAACGAAACAUCUCCUUUGGUUUUUGACUUCAGUCAGCCUGCACCUACCCCUGACAAAGACGACGCAAAGAACCUUGAGUUCCUCAAGAUCAUUAAGGAUUUUGGUAUCUUCCGCAAUGCCCAUGAAAUGAUAGUCAAGCAUUUCAACAGCAUUUUGGAAACGUCGACUUGUAUUACAUACAGAGCAUGUACUUCUCAUCUCAGCAAAAAGCUUUUGAAGCGUUUCUCUGGUGUUGAAGAGACAACUGAGUGCUCCAACUGUGGACAAAGCCGGUACAAAACAAGACGUGGAGAAACUGAGGGUGGUGAUCUGGUUGCUACUGCCACAAUGAUACAGCUUCCAUUGGCGAGACAACUUGCUCUUGCGUUAGCCAACGAGGAUACAAGAGCAGAUAUACAUUACCGCCAUAAUCAUGAGUCAAGCUCGGAUGGAAGUAAAACCGAUGUGUUUGAUGGCCAGGUUUACCAGCAAGCAAAACAUCUGUUUUCCGGAAAAGAUGACAUUGCAAUUUCGUUGUCUGUUGAUGGAUUCAUGCCACACAAUGUUCCUGGUUCUGUAACAAUCCUCCAUGCCACCAUUCUUAACCUGAAUCCCAUGGUCCGGUAUGAGAGAAGCAGAAUACUCCAGAUCGCAAUGAUCCCAGAUCCAGGUGCACCUGCCAAUUUCUGGUCGUUCAUGGAACCAACGAUGAAAGAGCUCCUGGUGUUGGAGAGCAAAGGGAUGGUCAUCAAGACACCAAACGAGACCAUUAGUGCCAAGGUACAUGUCUUAAUGGUCACUGGUGACAUUCUCGCCUUAGCAAAGUUGGCAUGUCAUUCUGGACAUAUGAGCAAAGACGGUUGCCGUAUCUGUCAUGUUGUCGGCCAAUGUCCCAAGCACGGACAAUACUUCAGAACUUUGCCCAGCACCAAUAUCCAUACGCUGGAAAGUUUCCAGAAUUUUUCCCAGGCCAGUGCAUCCAGCCGCAAAGGGUUAAAUGGACAAUCCCCCCUGGCAACAUUGAAGGUAUUCUCUGGACCAUUGUUUUUUGCCCUCGAUGAGAUGCAUGGACUUUGCCAUGGAAUAAGCAAGCAGGUCUGGGGUUUGGUUUCUGGUACCUACGGAACAGACCAUUGUUUUGCUCUUUCUUCUGGUGUUUGGAAGGAGAUCGGUACAGCAAUGUACAAAACAAGAAAUACCAUCCCUACAUCCUUCCAUGGCGAUUGGAGGGAUGUAUACAAGAACCCCGGGUCGUUCAAGGCCGUCGAUUGGGCAGACUUUCUUCUGUUCGUCGUCCCUACGCUGGUGGCAGAGUGUAUUGGAGAUGCAACUGCCCGGAACGCGUUACUUGGCUUGGUUCAAGCAUGUAACCUACUCAUGAGCUGGGAGUUAUCAGCAGAGGAACAAACCUCUAUCAAAAGUAAACUUGAAAUAUGGAACAUGUACCUGGAAUCGCUGCUUACAAGUGGAAAAAUCAAAAUCAAUAUUUUCACUAUAAACCAGCAUCUUCUUCAGCACUAUCCUCUCACGAUUGACGCAUACGGCCCACCUCAUGCAUAUAGCGCCAGAUCCGUGGAACGGGCAAUCAGUGAAUACUCAAGGGCUAUCAAGAAUUCCACUGCUGGUUGGCCGUUAACAGAUGAGGGUGAGCGUGUUGGUGCUGGGUCUGAUAUUGAGUUCUGGGGGCCUUUGAGGAAUAGAACUAUCCGAGAUAGUUUUGAAGGCAUUUCUUGUCUUUCGAAACUUCUUGAAGACUUCUACGAAUCAAAGGGGAAAGAGUGUAGUAUGAUUGAAGCAGCUAUACAAACUAGCCACAAGGCAUUUGUCAAUGGUUGUGUGAUUGACUCUGCACUCGACCAAAAUUGUGUAAGGGAGGCACAUAACAUCAGAUUACAGAUUCAGGUUGAUGAAAACCGCAACAUAAAUUCUGCAUACUCCCCGGUUUACAAGGAUUUCUUCGGAAAAGUUGUUGUCUUCUUUGAGCACAAGCUCAACAACAAGAGAUGGCCGCUUGCUCUUGUAGAGAUUGUGGCAGUCCGUUUGGUAAAUGGUAUACCAGUUAUUAACAAUGGGCAAAUGAAGCCAAAGGUAGUUCACCUGGCAGAUGUCAAAGAAUUGGUUGGUUUGGUGAAGUCGGACGCGACUAUAAAUACAACAACAACAACAACAACAACAACAUACAUAGUGUGGUCAGAGCUUAACCGCGGCCCAAAAUUGUCACUUGGUUCUCUUGCAGACCUAUAA